AUUUUUUCCGUUGACUUAUGUUGACAUUCCAGGUAAACUGUUUGUAUUCUGUGAAUUUUGUAUACUGGUCUAAUCUGAAAUAAAUGCUUUUUAAAGUGCUGUUAUAGAAUUAAAAUUUGAACUAUCAAAGUAGAAUAUAUCUAUAAUAUUAACCGAUAAGAUGUCGAAUAACUUAGAAAAUUUGUCACCACAAGUAAUCAGAGGCGUUAUACGUGAAAUGCAACAACUGGUAUCUGCUCCACCAGAAGGUAUUAAAGUUCAAAUUAAUGAAGAGAAUGUUGCAGAUAUACAAGCACACAUUGAGGGACCAGCAGAAACACCAUAUGCAAAUGGAGUUUUCAAAGUAAAAUUGAUACUUGGAAAAGCUUUCCCACAAGAACCACCAAAAGCAUAUUUCCUCACUAAAAUCUUCCAUCCAAAUGUAGCAGUCAAUGGAGAAAUAUGUGUCAACACUCUAAAAAAAGAUUGGAAGUCGGAUCUAGGUAUAAAACAUAUUCUGCUCACAAUAAAAUGUUUGUUGAUUGUUCCUAAUCCUGAAUCUGCGUUAAACGAGGAGGCUGGAAAGCUUUUAUUGGAACAGUACGAGGACUAUUGUCAGAGGGCAAAAAUGAUGACAGAAAUACAUGCGCAGGCAAAUAAAGUAAUCAAACCAGUUGUGAGUGAUGUGCCUGUAGCCAAGAAACACGCAUCAGAUAAAAGUAAACCUGGAAUGACUACUGAGAAGAAAAAAGGUCUUAAAGAUAAAAAACGUGCAUUGAAGAGGUUAUGAGAAUCACGUUAGGGUUGAUAUAUUAAAAUUUACAUUAUUUGUACAUUUCUAUUAUUUAUGAUUUCAUUAUAGACAUACCACUUUCUUA